UCCAUAAUAAAUCUGUUGGGAAAACCCACAUCCAGCCCAAUCCAAGCCUUAUAAAUAUCUCUGCCUGGAUGAACACAUGAACUGAGCGAAUCCUGAGUGUUCUAAAAUCAUGAAGCUUCUUCUUGCUGUGCUGGUGAUUUUUAUGGUGGUGGAAGCCCAGGCGCAGUGGUAUCGCUUCCCGGGAGAAGCCGCUGGAGGUGCAAAGGACAUGUGGCGUGCCUACCAGGAUAUGAAAGAGGCCAAUUGGAAGAACUCAGACAAGUAUUUCCAUGCACGCGGGAACUUUGAAGCUGCACAGCGGGGUCCUGGGGGACUAUGGGCAGCCAAAGUUAUCAGUGAUGGACGGGAGGCUCUGCAGGGUCUCACUCGCCGAGGCAAUUCAGAUACUGCAGCCGAUCAGGAGGCCAAUCUCCAUGGCCGAAACGGCGGAGACCCCAACCACUACAGACCCAAAGGCCUGCCCACAAAGUACUGAAAAGAUGACCAUCAGAUGACUUAAAUCAUUAACACAAGUGUUACAUUUUGCAUGACAAAUAUUAAACCAUUUCACUCACUUUAUAUCUUUGGCAUAUUUGUUUUCAAUUUGAAUAUGUUAUAUUGAAGUUGAAGUGGUGUUAUUUGAUCCAUAUAAUGCCUUUUAAAAGUCUUAUUAAAGAAUACAACGUAA